AUCAAGAACGUGACUCGGGAAGCUUGUAUUACAUAAAAAAGAGAUAGUUUCCCCUCUUCAUUUUUUUUCUUUCUCUCUCUUUCUCUCUUUCCAUUGUAUUCGUGUCUAUUUGAUUAUGUGGGGCCGUUUAUUCCAUUUUACAGCCGAUGCUGUUCUUGUAUCCACUGUUCUUGCCGGUAUUAAGCGUAAUACUGGUCUACAACCAGCGACAGAUAAAAUUGAAAGUGAGGAGAUCCGUAAAUAUGUUGAAAAAUAUCUUCAUGUUGGAGAAUGGGCUAUUGAUAACAGUAUUACUUUUAUGAACAAUUCAGAUUAUUUUGAACGUAAAAAAUAGAAAUUAAAAAAGUAAAAAACAA